AUGGCGCUGAACAUUGAUCCUCCCGAUGUAACGUUUCCGGCUGCUGGUGGUAAUGUCACAGUAAAUAUUAUCAAUUUAUCAGACGGAAGACUUGGUUUUAAGGUCAAGUCAACUAAUAAUGAUCAUUAUCGUGUCACACCGGUUUAUGGGUUUGUUCCAAAAAAUGAAAAAUCAGAACUGACAAUUAUUCGUUUGGAAGGACCACCAAGAGAAGAUAAAUUUGUAAUUCAAUGGGCAGAAGUUCCGGACGAAGAAGAUGACCCACAGGCACCAUUUAAGGCAGGGGCACAAGCUGGUGAAGUAAUUCUACCAGUAAAAGCUGAAUAA